ACAUCCUGAACAUUCACAGUAAGGUAAGGACCCACGUUUAUGGAUAGUAUGAGUAUGAUUCAUCGUUAUGAAUAUUGAAAAUGUGUCGUGGAUGCCAUCAUUUUAUACCCGAUUUCAUCAAAAUGAUCUUGCAGCGUUGGCCCAAAAAAAUUAUUAUGCUUGUUUUCUUUUUUGCAACUUUAUUUUUUGGUAUGAGGCUUUUGAAAGCCAAAUUAUCAAAUGUUAUUAUGUUAAUUCAUCAGCAACCUUUCUUUUCUGAAUCUGCUGUCUCCAGUACUGAGGAAUUUGAUGAUCAUGGAAAGAGAACUAUUGUUCCUUGGGCUCCUAUGUUUAGUCAUUUAUAUUCUUGCCCAGUCUGUUUUGGGUAUGGAAUGUGUAAUGAAGUUAUGAAAGGUUCAGUGCUUUUUCAUGGUGAGUUGACUUUGUCUCAGAAUAGUCGGAUUAUGUGGAAAAAAGGAGUUUUGCAGACUCGCAGAGUUUUGAUAAGUUCUUUAACUGCUGAUGAGUGGAAUAAAUUUGAUGAAUUCAUUUGCAGAAAUGCUAGUCAUUCUAUCCCAUGUAACUUAUCUGCAGCAAGUUGGAAGACUGUUUUAGCUUUGGAAAAUUUAUUGGAUUUGGAAAAAUUCAAACAACUGAAUAGUUUGCUUGAUAUUUCUAUAAAUCAGUUAGCAUUGCCAGUUUGUUCUAGUCAAAAACUUCUUGUUGAAAUUAUGAAGAGCUUUGAUGAGAAUUUUGACGGUCACUUUAGUAAGGAAGAAAGAAUACUACUUUUGACAAGUCUAAUAAUGCAACCUGGAUAUGUUAUUUUAAUGUUACAGGCAAAAUCCCGCAUGACACUGCCCUUUCCAAAUCUAUUAGGCGCAUGUGGACGUUCAGUUAUUCUGGAAGGAGGACUCAAACCAUUAAAAUCUUUUCUAUCUGAUUCAUUUGAUGCUCGAGCUGGAUUAGCAGUACAAGUUUUGCAACUGGUUGAAGAUUUUGAGAAUAUGCAUGAAUUGUCUUGUCUUUUACCCAUAAUGAGAUUCUCUCUUGAUGGAAUUGUUGUUACUAAAGAGGGUGAGGUUGUUGUCAUUGACUUGGACAAUUUGGCGAUUCUUGAUAAAGCAACUUUUGUACCAGACAAGCGCAGGAGUGCUACUAAGACUGAGCUAUGCAAUGAAGUUUGUUUUCAAAGAAUUACUUUAGAUUUAUUUUACUCAUCAAAGAAUUCUUCAGCUUGUACUCAGGUUUCAGAGUAUGGCCAAUUAAUGUAUGCCAUCGUUUGUAAACAAGUUUUAUCAGACAUUGGAGAACAUAGAGCAGAGGGGUUUUUUAAUUUUGAUGGUCAUCGUAUUCACAAAAAGCAAGAAAAUCUUGGUUUGCUGCAUAAGAUUCCUUAUAAAAUAAAGGACCAUAUAGAAGAUUUGUUAAGAGAAUGUGUUCAAGAAACUAAGCCAAAUGGCCGGAAAGUAGCUGUUGCCGAACUGAAAGAGAUAUUGGAAAACUAUGUUAACAUAAAUGACUCUGAAGGCCAAAAUUCCAAUGAAAAGUCUUUAUUUUUUUCAGAUAAAAGACACUUUAAACAGUGACUGCCAUUAUAUUUUGAGCUAUUGAU